AUGGAAAUCUCUUCGAUGUUAGAAGGGGGGCGUCAUUACGAAGCCCGAGAGGCAUGGUUGGCUUGGCUUACAGAGUUCGGCCAUUUCACUUUCCGUGCCGCGUUGGUUGAGAUCUUCACCUGUGGUGAUUCCCCUCCUGGUGGGGAGGUAUGGGGACCGGAUGAUUUUGAGGCUUUCGGGAUCAUAAGAUUGGGGUGCGGCCGAGUUUCGUCCCUUUACCAGCACCUGCUAUUUUCAACGAUCCUUGGUUGGAUAAUCAGUGGCUACGAGGAGGAUCAGUAUCUUUCUAUUGGCGGCAUUCAACUUUUGCAGGCUCGCAUGCGCAUUGAAAUAUUCCAGAAAAGCCAGGGAGAAACACGACUCUGUUUUGAUCCGGUGUGGGGGAUAGCAAAGCAGAAGGGGAAAUUCAAGGUAUGCUUGAAAGACCAACAGUCGCUUUUUUUUGAUCGGGUCAUCCUAGGCGGCAACGCUGGAGCUGUUUCGGUUGAAACCAGACUGACCGGGGAUAAGAUCUCCUUCAGCUACGAUGGCGCACGCGCCGUUGACUACUCGUCUACCGCUCGCAACUCAGCACUCUUCAUGGUCACUAAGCAAAAGUUCUGGGUCAACGCCGACAUUCCUGCCAUGAUUUGGACCGAUGGACUUGUUCGUGAGCUUUGCUGCAUCGACAUCGAAUCGCCAGCCGGGGAGGGGCUUGUCGUCUUUCAUUAA